UAGCCGACCAUCCCUCUUGUCUUUCUCUGCCGCCGUGUUGUUAGGUUAUCUCGUGUGCUCGUUCACUAAACUCGACGGCGGUGUUUGAUUUUUUUCACAUAUUUUUCACUAAGACACACAUAACCCGACAUGUCCAAAAGAGGACGUGGUGGUUCCGCCGGAGCCAAGUUCCGUAUCUCCCUGGGUUUGCCAGUCGGUGCCGUCAUCAACUGCGCUGACAACACUGGCGCAAAGAACUUGUUCGUCAUUGCUGUUCAAGGUAUCAAGGGUCGUUUGAAUCGUUUGCCUGCUGCCGGAUCGGGUGACAUGAUUGUCGCGACAGUCAAGAAGGGAAAGCCUGAACUCCGUAAAAAAGUAAUGCCAGCAGUAGUCAUUCGGCAGCGGAAACCUUUUAGAAGGAAGGAUGGGAUAUUUAUAUAUUUUGAGGACAAUGCAGGCGUUAUAGUUAACAAUAAAGGCGAAAUGAAAGGAAGUGCGAUAACUGGUCCUGUUGCUAAAGAAUGUGCAGAUUUAUGGCCUAGGAUUGCAUCUAAUGCUAGCAGUAUUGCUUGACCUUUGUUUUGAACUAUUAUUUUUUUGUGUUGACAACAAUAUACGAGCCUAUUUACCACA